GUUUUAUCCCGUGCUGAAUUCAUACCAGCAGCAGAUGAAUAGGUUGAGCCGCUAAGUAAGGUUGUCGACACCCUGCUUGUGCGUCAUUCGGAAUCGCUAGUAGUGCCCACACUUCGAUUGCCGUCGUUACCAAGCGAGUUAUGAUAAGGAAGUCUGCGCUUUGGGAGGCAGUUCUCUGGAAGAUCGCUCUCGGUCUCCCGAGCACUCGCCCCGGCGGCCUAUCGUCGAAAAUACACCAUGUGCGUAUCCGGUGUCAGUGCCUCAAUCAUGUGGCACCCUCUCUUGAUAUUCACGCUGUCCAUAUGAAGUCCCAUCCAUUUCAAAGCGCCAUGAUCUUGAAUACCCCAUUCGAAUGUCGGUUAUCAUAUAGAUAUCUCGCCGACUCAUCAGCCCUGAGCGUCCGCAUGUAGAGGGACUUCGUGCGACCAUCGUAUUGCCGCAAUCAACAAGAUGGUGGACUAAAUUCAUUUGGUUCUCCUUUGCCAUAUCGUGCCACUCCUGUUGUAUUCG